CCAAACCUCCGAACUUCCCGGAAACUCCGAGCGUUUUGAAGGCGGCAUGUGACCCAUGGACCGGACCGCGGAAUGUCCAACAGCGCUACCCCACAAGGAGCUGUGUCUGCCUGCAGCCAGUAUUUCCCGAUUUGGCUGGAAAUAUGCCCCAAUCUGGCAACACUGCUCCCUGGUGUCUGCCUGCGAGAGUUCACCGCGGACACUUCUGAUGCUGACCAGGAGGCGGCGGUGCUAAUGCUACGUGCCAGCGCUAUGGGAGAUUCUGAAUAUCCACGUUCGCGCUGACACCAAGAGACCCUGGCCUGCUGAGCCGUCCUCAGCGGACGGAGGAGGGACGUUUGAUUGACGUCCAGGAGAAAACGUGCCUGAGUUGAGCCGGCGGGAUGGAAGACCAAUCACCAUCAUCGGAGAGCAGGAAGUGCAGUGCGGUCACAGGAAGUGGGCGGAAGCUGAAGGACAACGCCGCCGACUGGCACAACCUGAUCCUCCGCUGGGAGAAGCUCAACAACGAGGGCUCGGGCGUGGCCGAGAAGAUCGUCGACCAGCGGCUCAAACGGUCUCCCGGUGAGGCCGCGGCCCCCCCGCCAGGCUCUGCGCCCCCCAACCCCGGCCGUCCCCUGGAGCAGGCGUGCUCCGAGCUUGUGGGUGUGGUCAGCAAGAUGGCGUCCAUCGUCGCCAAGAUGGAGCGCCUGGCCUCGUCUGAGCGGGGGGUCCUGGAGCUGGAGACCUUCCAGAGGGGCGCGGCCGGCCGGGGGGGCCCACUGUUCCACAGCUGGCCGACGCAGCUGUUCGUGGAGCAGUCGGCAGGCCUGCUGCAGUGCUACCAGAAGGAGCUGGCUCUGAAGCAGAGGGUGCUGCAGGAGCUGGCCCACACCGGGCCCCAGGACCUGUGCAUGGUGUACCUCUCCUGCUGGCUGCACCAACCCUACAUCCCCGCAGACAGCCGGCUGGCCCUGGAGGCCCUGCUGCUGGAGACGGGCCACAGAGCGCUGUAGAUAUAGGUCGGUGUACGACAGACUCCAGUGCUGUAGAUAUAGGUAGUGUACUACAGAGCCCUGUAAAUAUAGGUCGGUGUACUAGAGACUACAGAGUGCUGUAGAUAUAGGUCGGUGUACGACAGAGGGCUGUAGAUAUAGGUCGUGUACUACAGAGGGCUGUAGAUAUAGGUCGGUGUACUACAGUGCUGUAGAUAUAGGUCGUGUACUACAGAGGGCUGUAGAUAUAGGUCGGUGUACUACAGUGCUGUAGAUAUAGGUCGGUGUACUACAGUGCUGUAGAUAUAGGUUGUGUACUACAGAGGGCUGUAGAUAUAGGUUGUGUACUACAGAGGGCUGUAGAUAUAGGUCGGUGUACUAGAGACUACAGAGUGCUGUAGAUAUAGGUCGGUGUACGACAGAGGGCUGUAGAUAUAGUUCGUGUACUACAGAGGGCUGUAGAUAUAGAUCGUGUACUACAGAGGGCUGUAGAUAUAGGUCGGUGUACUAGAGUGCUGUAGAUAUAGGUCGUGUACUAGAGGCCUGUGGAUAUAGGUGGGUGUACUACAGACUCCAGAGCCCUGUGGAUAUAGAUGGGUGUACUCCAGACCUCAACCCUGAAAGCAUUUAGUAGCACUCUGUAGUGACGACAACUCUUUAUGAUCACACACGUUUAUUAGAGGAACAGAACCCCUCAACAGAUUAUAAAACGGUUGUACAGCUUCACAAUGAAUAAAAUAACACCAUCUGCCUC